ACGGCGUGCAUGCAGUCAGUCUCUGAUGGAACUCAGUGGAAUACAGACUGGUGCCGCAACUGAGGCAGAAGUCGGGACAAUUUCACUUCAAUUUUGAGUUUAUUACUCAAUUUUAUAUGAGAUUUUAUUUUCUCUCACUUCAAGGGUGAUCACACUCGGUUAAGACUGAGAAACAAUAAUGACAGUGUAUUCACACGUUGGACAAUACAUAGUCUGACUCUUAUCAGAAAGCAUAAGAGGAAGAGAAAGCACUGAAUAAUUUUCUGUGCUCUAUCAAUCUACAGUCAAGCAUUUGUUCCAAGAAAACGAGCAGUGUUGCGUUUGUGUGCGCGUGGAUUUAAUUUUCGGAUAUCUAUCACUGUGUCAAGCAAUAUUGGACCAGUCCUACACACAUCUAGGCUGUGCUGAUGUCGCCCGCGGACAGACGCACCGCUGGAUUGUAGCAGUGCCGAUGGAUUAAAGGGCAACCUUAAAACAUUUGGAGGGCGCGAAGGUAGCGGGCAGCAGGAUGAGUGAGAGACACACACAGCAAGGAAGUAAAGGGGUUCUACUUCUAAUGGUCUGCAUGGUGACUCUGCUGGAGAUGGCUAGACCAACCGAAGGUCACAGAGUGCAUCAAGUCAGAACCGGCACUUGCGAGGUUGUGGCUUUGCAUCGAUGCUGCAACAAGAACAAAAUAGAAGAACGCUCCCAAACGGUUAAAUGCUCCUGCUUCCCUGGACAAGUGGCUGGGACGACCAGAGCUGCCCCGUCCUGUGUAGAUGCCUCUAUAGUGGCGCAGAAGUGGUGGUGUCAGAUGCAUCCAUGUCUGGAUGGGGAGGAGUGUAAAGUCCUCCCAGAUCUGAAGGGAUGGAGCUGCGCCACAGGGAACAAGAUAAAGACUACCAAGGUGGAUCAAUAAAUGUUACUGGGUCUUUACCUGUGGAAUACCAUCAUGGACUCAAGAACAUUGCAGCGACCCUUUUUGUAAAUAGAGACUCCCUCUAUUGGAGACUAUACUAUGAAUCUUCUGGAAGACUUACAAGCACAGGGUAACAAAGGACAUCUGGAUGAGAAGAGUGGACACUACUAAAUGAUUGCUCAGUAGAGGGGACCUUUAUUUUGAAAAGCCCGGACAUGACUACCACCACAUUGGACAUUAGGAUGUCUUUUUAUUCUCUAACAUUGUUCUGCUUAUAGUGGAUUACAAUGGUGAAUUUUGCCAAAACAUUAAAAACAUUAUUUGGAAAGUGAUAGUUUUUUCCCCCUCAGAAUGCAUUGUGCAUCAUUACUGUAACAGAGUAUCAUCAAUAUCAAGAAUUUCCCCCAUGAAUAUUAGGGACGAGUAGAAUUCGAUCCAGUUUUUAUCAAUUAAAUGAUGCUCAGAAAAUGGUAAUAAGAAGAAAUAUAAAAUUGGUGAACCUUAUUGUAUUGAGCCAAUCAUUGAACAUGCAGGGUGAUUUUCAAAGGAGCACAAAAAAAGGCACAGGUACUGGAAUUGGCAUAUGUACACUUCCAUGUUUUUUAAAUGGGUGGCCAUCAUUGUGGGUGGCCAUUCUCGAUGGUGCUGCGCGCAGGGAACAUGGCUUAUUCAAAUGAGAGUUGCAAUCAAUGGCCAACCAAUGACAGUUGAGAGAAUGUGAUGUAUCCAAGGACAAAUCGAUGUAGACUACUGAUCUAUAAGGCAGGCUACAAUGUAGGAUUUCCACCACCAAAACUGAAAACUGAAGGUUAUGUUUGAUUUGCAUGUUUUAUUCCAAGGGCAUCAUCUUUAAUUUUGUCUAGAGCAGAUUGGGGCACUAGGUGCAUACUUUUGAAAAUGUACACAUGAAUGAAAGUGGUGCACAAAUGAGUUACCCCUCGUGUGCUUAGCGUUUGCUUAUGUUCUUUUGAAAAUCCUCCUAUCAACUGCUAGCUGAUCCAGUUAGUUUGUCUAUGUUGCACAAUGCUGAAGCUCAGAUUCGAAUGUCCAUGUAAUGUUUAUGUUAAUGUAUGCAAGCUAAAAUGCAUUCAUUCUACAAUACUGGCUAUAGUCCAUGGGGUUAGUAGGGGCCGGUUAAGUGUUAAGUACUUUUUAAAAUUACUUUCUGAUUCGCUGAUAACUUUUCAACAGGUAUCUCUGACGCUUCCUUCGUCUGUGCAAGUGAUAACAUCUUCGAAUAAUAAACUGUGGUUGUGUCUUAACUUAA